AUGAAUUGCCUCCAUACAAGUGUACCAACAAUUGUUCACCGGGAUCUAAAAUCACCAAACUUACUGGUUGACGAUAAUUGGCCUGUUAAGGUUUGUGAUUUUGGACUUUCACGUUUAAAGCACAGUACAUUUUUGUCAUCUAAAUCCACUGUUGGAACUCCAGAGUGGAUGGCACCAGAGGUAUUGCGAAAUGAGCAAUCCAAUGAGAAGUGUGAUGUUUAUAGCUUUGGUGUCAUCUUGUGGGAACUUGCUACGCUAAGAACGCCCUGGCAGGGAAUGAACCCCAUGCAAGUUGUGGGUGCAGUUGGCUUCCAGGAUCGACGGCUUGAUAUUCCCAAAGAAGUUGAUCCUUUGGUGGCAAAGAUCAUUUGGGACUGCUGGCAGAAGUGA